GUCCCGGCAGGCCUGUGAAGAUGAGUGUGACCUCCUGGUUCCUGGUGAGCAGCUCUGGGACCCGCCACCGGCUGCCCAGGGAGCUCAUCUUUGUUGGCCGUGAGGACUGUGAGCUCAUGCUGCAGUCUCGCAGUGUGGACAAGCAGCAUGCGGUCAUCAACUAUAACCCGGCGACAGACCAGCACCUGGUCAAGGACCUGGGCAGUCUCAACGGGACGUUUGUGAACGACCUGCGGAUCCCAGAGCAGACCUACUUCACCCUCAAGCUGUCGGACAUCGUGCGCUUUGGAUAUGAUACCCAUGUCUACACCCUGGAGAAGAGCCAGCACAUAGUGCCAGAGGAGGCUCUGAAGCAUGAGAAGUACACCAGCCAGCUGCAGAUGGGCAAACACGCAGAGACGGAGGACCGGCCCCGACCUGAGAAACCGGAGCGCACCAAGACCCAGAACCACUGCCCAGGACCCCGGCCGACCCCCCUGUAUGGGCAGCCAUCUUGGUGGGGGGAGGAGGACAUGUGCAGCGAUGGUCUUCACCCAGAGGCCCAGAACCCCGAGCUGUGUGACUUCAGGGAGAACCAGGCCGGGUUCCCCGGGUACCACCGCGAGGCCAGCUACUUCGAGAUCCCCACCAAGGACUUCCACCAGCACCCCAAGUCCCCGGAGGCCGAGCUCCACGAGGUGCCCACCAAGGACACGGACACGCCCCUCGCCACGCCCCCGGCCCCGGCCCAGGCCCAGGCCCCGGCCUCCCCGCCCACCCCCACCCCUCCCGUGGUCCAGAGCCACGCCUCCUUCACCAUCGAGUUCGAUGACUUCACGCCGGGGAAGAUAAAGAUCAAGGACCACGUGACCAAGUUCACGUCCCGCCAGCGGAAGCAGCAGGCGCUGCACCUGAAGGCCCCGGUGGGAGCGCCCGUGGACCUGAUGUCCGCCGAGAGCAAGGUGGCCGACUGGCUGGUCCACAGUGACGUCAGCAUGAUGAAGAAGAGGCCCACCUGCGAGGACGUCUACAGCACCAAGAGCGACCAGGCCAUCAACACCAAGACCCUCAAAGGUCACCACCACGAGGAUGGCACCCAGAGCGACUCUGAGGAGCCCGUUCUGGUAGGGAGGCGGAGCAAGUCCAACCACUCGGUCCAGACCGACCAGUCCGAAGUGUCCCAGCAGACGGUCAAAUCGGGUCAGUCCGUCUGCUCCCAGCAGGCGGUCCCCAUGCCUGCUGUCAGCCCGCCGCAGAGCCACUCUCCCCCAAACCAGACCCCCAUCCAGGAGCCGCCCACCCAGGUGUCCCCACACCACGGGUCCCCCAGCCAGGGGUCCCCCAGCCAGACCUCCAUCCCAGGGCCCCCGGAGCACCUCAGCCAGCAGGCCUUCAUCAUCGAGUUCUUCGACGACAACCCUCGUAAGAAGCGCUCCCAGUCCUUCACCCACACCCCGGCCCAGGCGGACUCCUACUCGGCCCUCAAGGCCAAGAUGGAGCGCCGCAAAGGCACCGAGCGGCCGGCCUCUGUGCACGGCCACCUCCCCCCCACCCAGCAGGUGACCGUUCCCCUGAAGACCCAGGGCCACGGGACCCCCCAGCGGUCCAGCUCUCUGAAGAGGGAGAAGACGGAGGGGGACGUGCUGGCCUCCGCCACCCCGCGCGCCCCCCCCACCAGACCCUUUGGCAGCGUGGGGAAGAAGUCCAAGCUGGUGCAGGAGUUCGCCGCCGAGUUCCUCAAGGACUCUGGGGGUCCGCCGUCUCCGACCAGGGACAGGCCGGGCCCUCCGCCUAUGUCGGCCCCACCCGUCAUGGUGUCCCCCGCCUGCAUGCACCUCCCUUCCCCACAAGAAAGCCCCAAGACCCCCGCCCCGGCCUCGUACCCCUCCUCGCCUGCUCCCCCUGUCCCCGUGUCCAGCACCCUGACCCCCACCCCUACGCGGAGUACCCUGGCCGCCUCUCUUGGCCCGCCCGCCUCUCCGGCCCGCCAGCCCGGCCCCGCCCAGGCCGCCAUGCUCCCUCCGGGUCUAGUGCGGGGACUGGACCCCCGCACCCAGCGGGUGGGCCGGAACGAGGAGGACGACAGCCUGAGCGACGCGGGGACCUACACCAUCGAGACAGAGUGCCACGACACAGAGGUGGAGGAGGCCCGCAACAUGAUAGACCAGGUGUUUGGUGUCCUGGACUCUCCAGAGUAUAGUGGUGUAAACUCCUCUGUUUAUAGGCCAGUCAUUAAUGAGGGGAAGGAUGAGCACACUAGCCUUGAGAUCGAUGGUAGUGCUGUGGAUCCAAUGCAUGGCUUUAACCCGGCCACUAUCAGUGGCACCACAACCGGCCCGGUGCAGGUUCCUCCUGCUAACGCAGCAGGAAUGGAGGGCCCAAAGUGGGUCUCUCGCUGGGCCAGUCUGGCAGACGGCUACGCUGAGGGGGCCUCGCCCCCCUCUGUUGGGGAAUCUCUGGAUGAUUCUCGCUACCUAUCCAGCCGGUCAGUGAUGAGCCAGUCAGAGUCCGAGUGCAGCCAGGUUUCCCGCACCAAGAGGCUGCUACCCCAGGUUCCUCCUGGGGAGAGACUGGAGGGCAGCACCCCCAGCAUCCUGAUCCAGCAGGACUCUUACCCUGGACCAGAAACCCUGGACAGAGAAGCCAGGGCCACAUGCCCUCCCGAAUCUGGCCAGUUGCUUAGCAUCAGAGACGACGUGGACCCGGACAGCCUGAGCGACACCAGCCGUUCGGACGAUGGACAGGAGCGAGCUCACAGGACCAAGGCCAAGACCACGGCCAAGGCCUCGUCCAGAGCUCCUGUGCCCCACGUCAGACCUUCAGAGAGGGUUUCUCCAUCCCCGUCCACCAAGUCCACCUGUUUCUAUAUCGGCUCCGACAGCCCAGGAAAGGCUGACCCACCCCGGAGCCUCAAAGAGGCCCCAUCCAAGAACCCGCCCACCACCGUUCUGAUUCGUCACUUGAGUGGCCACGAGCCCCGUAGGACGAGUGUCAAGCCCAACAGCUCGGCCCCCAACCUCCAAUUACAGGACAAGGAUUCUGUCCCCACGAAAGACGGCGCCAUCGUCAGGCAAGAGAGCUUCACCAAAGAGCGCCAGAGCGACACAGUCCAGAAGAAGAAGCUCCCGCACAUCUCCAGCCACCCGUCCAUCAGGGACAUGGAGCAGAGGAAGGAGGCCGCCCCAGACGUCUUCUUCAAGGAGUCCGAAGGCCCGCUCUUCCACUCCUCUGGGUCUGGCCGCAGCUCCAAGAAGGGCGGCUCCUCCAGCCACAUGGGGGACUCUCUGUCCGGGGAGUCGGACGUGGACACGGCCAGCACCGUCAGCCAGGUGAGCAACAAGAACACACCGGUCACCUCCGUCUCCAAGAAGCGCUCGGUCAUCAGCGGCCUGCAGAAGGAAAAGUCCUCCUCCAGCCCGUCCAUCCAGGAGAAGGGGCGCCAGCUCUCCGCCCGCGAGCGCCUAUCGGAGAAACGCCGGGGCCAGGUGGGGUCCGACGCGUCCGGCGGGAAGGCCGAGGCGGCCAAACGCUUCCACAUGCGCCGCAGCGCCGGCAACCGGGGCUCCCUGGACCUCUCCGAGGGCCAGCCGGGGCAGAGCCACGGCGACAACGUCUCCUCGGACCACGAGGCCGGCUCUCGUGCGUCCGGCCGCACUAAGAAGCUCACCGCCCCUCUGCAGAAGGAGGACAACGGGAAGACCUCCAAGACGGCGGCCCAGCAGGUCCUGACGCGGUCCAACAGCCUGUCGGCCCCGCGGCCCACCCGCGCCUCCAUGCUCCGCCGCGCGCGCCUGGGCGAGACCUCGGACAACGAGGGCGCCGAGACGGACCGGGGGUCCCAGAACUCGGACCACGUGGGGGCGGCGUCCAAAGGCUCGGCGGAGAAGAAGCUCUCUCGGCUGGACAUACUGGCCAUGCCCCGCAAGAGGGCCGGCUCCUUCACCACGCCCAGCGACACCGAGGCCGGCCCGCCCCCCGCCGGGCGCAACAGCUACUCCGGGCGGGAACCCGGGGGCUCCAACAGGAAGUCGUCGGUGGGGGACGCCAGGCAAGCUGCCGCCAAAGGCUCUGGAGCCGCGGCGAAGCAGACCGCUGGCCGGACCCGGUCCAACGGAACCAAGUACUCUGGAACCGCCUCUCGCCGUAGGCAGAAGGGUUCGGACUACUCCUCUUCCUCGGAGGAGGAGUACGAGACCAGCCCCGGCACCUCUAAACCCCGGCGCUCCUCCCAGCCCUCCGCCCCCUCGCAGCCUCACCGCGGGCGCACCGCCCCCUCCCGCCCCAAGUCCAUCUCCGUGGAAACCGAGGACGACGACCCCCAGAACGACGUGGACCCUUACCAGAACUGGACAACGCACAGCGCUGAGAUUGCAAAGCUCAGCCACGACCUGGCCAAAGACCUGGCCAUCCUGGCGAGGGAGAUCAACGACGUGGCCGGGGACGGGGACCCCCCCGUAGCCAUCGCCGGGACCCCGAUCUCCUCCCCAAGCUCCCAGCCCAACACCCCUGCCUCGCCCAUCUCCUCCAGGGAAGAGCUGGUCCAACAUCUCCCUGAGGCUAGUUUAAACUACCAGAAGGUUCCUCCAGGUUGCACCAGUGUCCUGGACGCAAACAUGAAUGAGGCGGAGCCAGGUUCUAAGCAGCGCCGUCCCUGGAACCGCCAAGAGGUGAUCCUGGACAACCUGAUGUUGAACCCCGUGUCUCAGCUCUCACAAGCCAUCCGGGAAAACACUGAGCAACUUGCUGAGAAGAUGAAGGUUCUCUUCCACAACAAGGCAGAGGUCUGGGAGGAGAUCGAGGCUAAAAUCAACGCUGAGAAUGAAAUCCCAAUUCUGAAAACAUCCAAUAAGGAGAUCACCUCCAUACUGCAGGAGCUCAGGAGAGUUCAGAGACAACUAGAGGUCAUCAACACCAUCGUGGAGCCCUCCAGCCUCCAGGUAGGGGCCCUGGGGCCCACGUCGACCAGCCAGACGAGGCCCUCGGCGCGGGACAAGAAGCCGACCAGCCGGCCCCUGGGGGACCGGCCCCGCGGGGGCCCCUCCUCGUCCAACGCCAACGAGAGCACCAAGCGGUCGUCCCGCGGGGCCGCCGGCGGGGGAGGGCAUCACAUGUCCUGAGCGGGCCACCGGGGAUACGUUUGUCCGUAGCUAGUAGCUAUGUCCCGCCCACUGGCUGAUGACUGACAGCCUUUUAGUACCAAUGGUGUUAGGACAUCUCACCUAGACCGUCAACAACACAUGUCUGUGAGCACCGUGUGUGUGGUGCAAACAGAACACCGCGGCUCUCAACGUCCAUCUGUACUUUGUAUCCUUUACAGAAACUAUUUAAGCAACAACAACCAGUAGUAAUUGCUUCCACAUUGCGCCUGCCAACACGAAUAUAAACAAAGUUAUAGAAAAUAUUGUUAUGAUUAUUAGUCGCUUGCACUACAGUACAGUCAGUGGACCCUGUAUCAAAAUGUAUGGAGUAUAUUUAUUUGUGCUUUGAUAAUCUGUCAUUGGUCUGUAUUUAAGGGAGAGGGGAGGUAUAGAAUGUGUGUUUCCUGUCCGACCGGGACAGAUCAAAUGUUAGGGGUACUGAAUGUGUGUAAGCUGAGUGGGUCACUACGUGGACGAGGAGGCCUGUUUGUCAGUAUAAACAAUGAAGAAAAAGAAUGUAGCUUUAAACAAAUUAAAUCAAUACUCACCCGGACAUCCCAAUGCUGAACAACACGGCUUUCUGAUUCUGAAUGAAAAAAUGUACACAAAAAAAGUCAAUUUCGCUAUCUCCUGUUUCUAAAAUGUGUGUGUAGCGUGCCUGACAAGGGAAGUUUAUUUUGAAUGUCUUGGUUUGUGUUUGUCGGCUCGACCUCUUCUAUUCACACGCCAGUACCGUUCAUCUCAUAUCUCUUACAGAUGGAGCCAGCACUCCACCUACGAGCCCUUUACCCAUUUAUCUCUAUGGUAGCUGAACCAUUCUCAUCAUAGCCAAGGUAACAGAAGCUUCUUGCCAUCACUAUUGUAACGGAAGCUUCUUGUCACCGCUAUGGCAACUGAUGAAUUCUGGGCAUCACUAUGGACACUGAAGCGUCUUCUCAUCGCUGUGGUAACUGAACCAACCGUUCUUGCGUCGCAAUGGUAAUUUGUGAAGCACACCAAGUCAUUGUGGCCGAUGGCUGAUGGGCCUUCCCAGGCCAACUUUAAAGCUUGAUACAGUGACGCAUCUCGGUUUCAAAUUGACCAACCCUUCUUUCGCGUUGAAGAGGGUUGGGGCUCAGCUUUCGUUUAACGUGCUUCUCACAGAAUACACAAAUGUGGGGGCUAUAGUUGACAUUACCUCCUCCAUAUCUAAUUCUAGCCGGGGGUUUGAACCGGUGACCUUUCGGUCAAAAGCCUUUCAAUGGUACGUACGAGCGUUAGCCCUAGGGAGAACGUGUGUAGGGUCUUAUCUGGAGUUCCGGUGUGUGUUUCGAAUGACCCCUGACCUCUCUAGUAUGUACCGUGUGUAUAUCCUGUGUGUGUGUUAGUGUCUGAGUGCUGCGAGUGUGUGCGUGCGUGUGCGAGCUGUAGCUCACGGCUCAUCCACUGUACAGAACAGCCGGUAGCGCUCAGCGGCCGUGGUGUGCACAAGGAGCUGGGGCUACCUCACCAAACGUGCACUUCUUUCUUUCAGUUGACCCGAGUUUGCUGAAUGGGUGACUUAGUUUUUGUUUUGCAGUCUGGUGAAGUUUAGAUGUCUUCAACCAAUGGGAAUGUAUUGAUUUGAUCACCUGCUCGGAACGGGGCACCUGAUUGGCAGCUGCUGUAAUGAUGUAACUCUUGCUGCUAAUAGGUGAUUGGUGUUCUACUUGAUUAUGCUUCAUAUGCAUGCUACAGAACAGCUGUAGAGAAACAAGACAAGCUCUUACCGCAGACCAAACCGUCGUUAUUUACUAGCUAUGUAACCAUUACCCUAAAUCUUUUUUAUGGCUUUGAGCGUACAAUGAUGUUGUUCAUCUCGAGUGACAGAGGCAUUUGAUUUACAGAAACUCAUUCCUCUCAUCACAUUCUUUGUAAUAAACUUCUUCAUGCACUCCUGUGAGUACGCGUGCCAUUUUCUUUUCUACGUCAUUGUCGACGAUAUAAAAGGGGAGGCCUUGAUGUCUCAUGACCCAACAGACCCUCAGUGGGAGUUUCGGUCCGUCUGCAAGGCACCUUCACGCCAAGCAGGGGAACCGCCACAGGGGAAGCCAAUGUGCCGAUUUCCUUUUUUUUGAACGAGGGACAAGAAAAUGAUCAGUUGAUCUUACUAACUUCACAUCCAACUCACUUGUUACCUUUUGGAAAAAA